GCUUCCGGCUCAUGCUGCUGCUGCUGCUGCUGCUUCCGCUUCUGGCUCAGAGCGCGCCUGCUGGAGGAGGACGCGCGCUGACACUCAAUCUAUGCCUUCGACAAGAUGAGACCUCUGACUAUUGUUCUGCGCAUCAUCCCGCCUCCAGCUUCAGUACAGCGCCUGCGCUCCGCCGCUCCGGUUCACCGUCUCCUCGCGAACAUGGCGGCGCCUGCGCUCUCCAGCCGGGCUGGUUCAGCUGGCAACAGCCCCACCGCCACCCCGAGCAGCACCAAACACGUCCCGCAGGCCCCCGAGCUGGACUUCAGGUCCGGAGCCAGGAUAGAGGAGCUCAACCGGCUGAUCGCCGAGUUCAGCAAGCACGAGCAGCGCGAGUAUGACGACCAGCGCGCGCUCGAGAUCCACACGGCCAAGGACUUCAUCUUCUCCAUGCUCGGCAUGGUGCAGAAGUUGGACCAGAAGCUUCCAGUUGCCAACGAGUACCUGCUGUUGUCCGGCGGGGUCCGGGAAGGCGUGGUUGACAUGGAUCUGGACGAGUUGACGGUAUAUGCACGGGGAGCUGAUUACGACAUGGACUUCACGUUACUGGUUCCCGCGCUCAAACUCCACGACCGAAACCAGCCGGUCACGCUAGACAUGCGUCACUCUGCGCUCUGCCACUCCUGGCUCAGCCUGCGUCUGUUUGACGAGGGAACCAUCAACAAGUGGAAGGACUGUUGCACGGUUGUAGACCACGUUAACGGUGCCACCAAUUACUUUUUCUCACCCACGCUGGUGGCCGACUGGUUCUACGAAUCCAUUAGUAUGGUUCUGGCAGAGAUUCAGAAGAAGCCGCAGCGCGGCGUCCCGCGGGUCGAGAAGGUCGAGCGCAAUGCAACAGUCAUCUCCAUCAUUUUGGGCGUCGGAGGCAGUCGGAUGCUGUACGAUGUGGUUCCAGUAGUGUCAUUCAAAGGCUGGCCGGCGGUGGCCCAAAGCUGGCUAAUGGAAAACCAUUUUUGGGAUGGGAAAAUCACGGAGGAGGAAGUGAUUAGCGGGUUUUAUUUGCUGCCUGCCUGCUCUUCUACAGGCCAGAAGGAAAACGAAUGGCGUUUGUCAUUUGCGCGCAGCGAGGUGCAGCUGAAGAAGUGCAUCUCUGCCAGUCUCAUGCAGGCGUACCAGGCUUGUAAAGCUCUGAUUAUCAAGCUUCUCUCUCGACCCAAAGCCAUCAGCCCGUAUCAUCUGCGCUCGCUCAUGCUUUGGGCCUGCGACCGCCUGCCGCAUACGUACUUGGCGCAGGAAGAUUACGCCGCGCACUUUUUGCUAGGGUUGAUUGACGACUUGCAGCAUUGCUUGGUGAAUAAGACCUGUCCGAAUUACUUUAUCCCGCAAUGCAACAUGCUAGAGCACCUCAGCGACGACAUGGCCAUGCUGCAUGCACGCAAGCUGUCGUCCGUUCGCUCAGACCCAGCAGAACACUUGCGAAGCGCAAUAGAGCACGCUAAAGCCGCGUCGCGACUCACGCUGGAGCUCCAAUGGCGUGGAGGAAGCUCAAACCUAUCGUCUCCCCUGUCAGAAACUGGAGCCGAUCAGCAACCGGACGACCGGCUCGCGAAGAAACUCCAGCAGCUGGUCACGGAGAAUCCUGGGAAGUCCAUCUCAGUCUUCAUCAACCCAGACGACGUCACGCGACCUCACUUUCGCAUUGAUGACAAAUUCUUCUGAAACCACCCCAAAUGAUCUGAUUAGGCAUUGGCUGCAAACGACAUCAUGCAACCUUAUUUUUGAAUCGAUGACACAUUUUUCUGAAGCCAUGCCCUCAGAUCUAAUUGGGCCUUGGCUGCACAUGACCUCACAUUUCCAUUGAUGACAAAUCAUUCUGAAGUCACGCCCCCUCUAAUCUGAUUGGGUGCUGGCCGCAGAUGACCUCACAUUUCCAUUGAUGACAAAUAAUUCUGAAGCCAAGCCCUCUAAUCUGAUUGGGUGCUGGCUGCAGAUAACCUCACAUUUCCAUUGAAAAAUUAUUCUGAAGCCACGCCCUCUUAUCUGAUUGGGCGCUGGCUGCAGAUGACUUCACAUUUCCAUUGAUGACAAAUUAUUCUGAAGCCACGCCCUCUGAUCUGAUUGGGCGCUGGCUGCAGAUUACCACAUUUCCAUUGAUGACAAAUUAUUCUGAAGUCACGCCCUCUAAUCUGAUUGGGUGAUGGCCGCAGAUGACCUCACAUUUCCAUUGAUGACAAAUAAUUCUGAAGCCACACCCUCUAAUCUGAUUGGGUGCUGGCUGCAGAUGACCUCACAUUUCCGUUGAUGAAAAAAUAUUCUGAAGCCGCCCUCUUAUCUGAUUGGGCGCUGGCUGCAGAUGACCUCACAUUUCCAUUGAUGACAAAUAAUUCUGAAGCCACGCCCUCUAAUCUGAUUGGGUGCUGGCUGCAUAUAAUCUCACAUUUCCAUUGAAAAAUUAUUCUGAAGCCGCGCCUCUUAUCUGAUUGGGCACUGGCUGCAGAUGACUUCACAUUUCCAUUGAUGACAAAUUAUUCUGAAGUCACGCCCUCUAAUCUGAUUGGGUGCUGGCCGCAGAUGACCUCACAUUUCCAUUGAUGACAAAUUAUUCUGAAGUCACGCCCUCUGAUCUGAUUGGGCGCUGGCUGCAGAUUACCACAUUUCCGUUGAUGACAAAUUAUUCUGAAGCCGCCCUCUUAUCUGAUUGGGUGCUGGCUGCAGAUGACCUCACAUUUCCAUUGA